GCACUUCAAGAGACAGAGGUGCUGAAGAAGCUGUUAAAGCGGAAUGGCGGCUUUUGGUCGGCAACUGGCUCUCACACGCACCAGUGGAGUUUGCCAGAUCGCAACAGGGUCCCCAGUGGCCCCAGGUCCCACAUUUCGGGUAUGGGACUUCUGGAACAAUCGAUGGUUGCGGAGGACACUCCGAGCUGCCCGAAUCGGUGCACUCUCGGUGUCCAUCUUCGGUGUGGGUUACAGCACCGGUGCAUCUGACGUUCUUGCAGAUCCUACAGAGUUUCGGAGGAAGAAGGCACUCAGCUUGCUGAAGAACAUCCACGCCUUCGAUGCAGAGGGCAAAGCCAGAUUAUGUGAAGAGACUUCAGAGGAAGUUCAGGCGGUUCGCCGUGUAUUGCCUCGAGUCCUCAAAGCAGCACGUGCUCAGGUUGGCAUUCUCCAAGAAGAGAUCCAAGACGCCAUCAAGCAGCAAGGGGAAGCAUCCUAUACUCAGCAACAAGACCUCGACUCUCUGAAGCGUGCGCGGAAGCGCCUGGAGAGUUGGUCGGACGAUGGCUUCCUUCUGGCAGAUGUCAACACACCCAAUGCCUUUGUGACACCAAUGUUGCCCAGGACAAUCUUUGUCCAUCGUGGAAUUUUCAGAAUACAUCGAUUGGCCGAGCCAGAGGCGCUGCAUGCUGGAGCAGAGGUUUUCGUCCUGCAGGAUGGUUGGAAAAAGGCCAAGCUUGUCUCCGAGAGUCAGGAACAAUGGUCGGCUCUCUUGGGAGAUUCUCUGGGAGAGGAUUCCGAGACCAUCACAGUGAAGAAGGAGGAUGUGAGAAUUCUGCAGACGCGGAACCUGGUGGAGAACGAUGAACAGCUUGCGAUGCUUUUGAGCCAUGAACUGGCGCAUGCAGUUCACGACCAUGGCUACGAGAGUUUGAACAUUUUGACCACGGCCUACUCGCUGGAGCUUGUGUUGCUGAGUGUUUUGGACCCCACUGGCAUGCUCGAAUUCCUCUUGGAGAUUGCUGCUGGCGCCAUUGCCAGGUAUGCCUUUGUCCUACCUUUGGGUCGUUGUGACGAGAUGGAGGCGGACGCAACAGGCUUGAAGAUCUGUGCUUUGGCCGGUUAUGAUCCUCGUUUGGCCACCAAAUUCCUGGACCGCUUCGCUCUCUUCGAGGGCUACACAGGUCCAACGUGGACGAGCACUCACCCUGCCACGGAGGCACGCAUCAAGGCAUUGAAGGAUGCGGAGGCAGAUGCAGUGGAACGCUUCCAGCAGCACAAGGAGAAGCAGGCGCCCUAGAGCCAGAAGCAGAUGGAGGCAGCACAUCGCCAAGGAGUAGUAGGGGAAGAAGCCGACACCAGGGCAAGGCCAGGAUGAGAGCUUGACAGGGGUGGCUUUGUUGGAGGUAGAUUCUGAACCUCGCGUACUGCGUCAUCGAUCCUCAUCGCGGUUGCAGGGCCAGCGUGGCCAGCAAAGCUGACCACCACCCGCAGAGACACUUGCCAUUCAGCAGCUUCAUUGCCUGCACCGAUGCAACUGCAGCGGAAAAAAUGUGGCGGGAUUUGCCGAGGGAUCUAAGAGACAGAAACGGGUAGUAUAUGGUAGUACGGCAAACAUUCCAAGGAGCAUUGGCUCAUUUUUUAAGCCGUAGUGUAGAUAAGGG